GACGCUCGUAGCGAUUGGCAAUACGCCAUUGAUCCGGCUCAAGCGCCUUUCCGAGGAGACCGGGUGCAACAUCCUGGGUAAAGCCGAGUUCCAGAACCCCGGCGGCAGUGUGAAAGACCGAGCUGCGCUCUAUAUCGUCAAAGACGCUGAGGAAAAGGGAUUGCUGCGACCAGGCGGAACGGUUGUUGAAGGCACGGCCGGAAACACGGGCAUUGGCCUGGCGCAUGUCUGCCGUUCCAAGGGCUACAAGCUGGUCAUCUACAUGCCCAACACGCAAUCGCAGGGUAAGAUCGAUCUGCUGCGGCUGCUCGGUGCGGAGGUCUACCCGGUCCCGGCGGUGCCGUUUGACAAUCCGCAGAAUUACAACCAUCAGGCGCGACGACAAGCCGAGUCUCUCGACAAUGCCGUUUGGACCAACCAGUUCGACAACACAGCCAACCGGCAGGCGCACAUCGAGACGACGGGGCCCGAGAUCUGGGCUCAGACGGAGGGCAAGAUCGACGCUUUUACCUGCGCGACCGGCACGGCAGGCACUCUGGCCGGAAUCACCCGGUAUCUGAAGACUGUCAGUGACGGCCGAGUCAAGAGUUUCCUGGCCGAUCCGCCGGGCAGUGUGCUCCACAGCUACAUCCAGAGCGGAGGCAAGCUUAUCGAGCGAACUGGAAGCAGUAUCACCGAGGGAAUCGGGCAAGGGCGUGUCACGGAGAACUUGAAGCCCGACAUUGACCUCCUUGAUGGGUCGCUGUACAUCAGCGACGAGAAGAGCAUCGAGAUGGUGUACCGCUGCCUGGAUGAGGAGGGACUGUACUUGGGGGCCAGCUCUGCGCUCAACGUGGUGGCUGCCAAGGAGGUGGCCGAGAAGCUGGGCAAGGGACACACCGUGGUGACGAUCCUGUGCGAUGGCGCGUAUCGGUAUGCGGACCGUCUCUUCUCGGACAAGUGGCUGCGGAGCAAGGGUCUGCGGGAUGCGAUCCCCAAGCAUCUGGAGAAGUACAUUGUCCUGCCGUAG